AUGGCCGAUCAACAAGCAGGACCAGCCCCAGCCGCCGCCCAACCCGCCCAAGCUCCAACCCUGCCUGCACCAAAGCCCGAGCCAUCCUUCUACUUCUUCCUCGAAAGCUUCGAUAAGGAAACCGUCAAGAUAAGCGACCUGGCCGUUCCACAACUCGUCACCAUCAACAACCUGGUCUCUGGACUUGGCUACGACGCCGAGAAAGCCGCCAAAAACGUGAUGCCAAUCGACAACAUCACAGGCGUCACCUUGAAACGUGUCGUCGCCUGGUCAUCAUCGUGGCGAGGAGUUCCCGGAGGAGAAGAACGAAGGCUUCCCACGCCAGACCAACAUUCCAGAGUGGGACAUGAACUUUUUGAAGGAGUUGGAGGACAAGGAGCUGGAGGCGUUGACGCUGCUGCCAACUACCUGGAGUCCAAGCAGUUGCUCCGUUAUUGCUGCAAGAAGAUCGCCAUAAUGGCUCAGGGAAAGACUCCAGAGGAGUUGAGAGUGCUUUUCGAGAUUCCGACUGAUGAGGAGGAUGCGAUUGCCGAGCAGGAGUUGAAGGAGAGGUUGGAGAGAGAGGCUAAAGAGGAGGCGGAGAGACAACUCGUCGAGGGACCAUCCACAUCCGAUGGAAAGCGUUAG